GCACUUUAUUAUCUUUCUGUUAUGUUUGGCUGCUUUACAUGAUGUCAUUUAUAUCUUUAAGGAUUAGUGUUUGUCUUUAAUGUCUUUAAUGUUGAGUGUUUUGUUGCUAUCUCAAUAACUAACUGUUGGUACGGCGUUUAAAUCAUUACCUCCAACACGGCGGCGUGGUGGUUGGUGCCAUUUGACUCUCAUAGUGAAGUAACUGAUAAACAGGACAUUGGAUUUCUAUUACAUUUUCAGGAAGUGUUCAUAGUUGGGAUGCUCUGAUACUACAUAUCACCAAUAUUCAUUAGCUAAAGUUCAUAUGGAUUGCCUGUCAAUUCAGUAUAAUUAAAUGUAAUAUUAUUUUAAUCGAACACAGACUACACAUGGAUUCUGUGGACGUCUGUGCAGAUCCUGCCACCAGAGACGAUAAACUGCGAGUCAACACGAAGAAUAGAGUUUGGCGCAAACAGCUGCAUUGCAGGAAGUCUGCAGUUCAGCCCCCAACUAUGCAAAGUAGAGAUAAGAAUGGACCAAAGAAGAUACCAGGGGAGAAGGUACAACGCACAGAGCAGCCUACGUCAAAGAAACCCUUGCAGGUAGCACAAUCCAGCCAGCACAGGACAAACAACACCACCAGCAGCACCCUCAGGUUCAAAUGCAUUAAAUGCAAGGACGACGAGGAUUAUAUUCCCAAAGACUUGAUGAAACACUUUGAGGAAAAGCACUGCGGGAUGCAGCUCGUCUUUCCUUGUCACGUCUGUUCCUUCAACACAGCAGAGCUGUCCUUCCUUCAGGUUCAUCUCUUAAGCCACAAAGACACUUUUUCAAGCUGCAUCAUCUGCAAGGAUGAUGUCCAACGCACAUGGCCGGAAUUCAGCGCGCACCUCACCAUGUGUCACGGCCAAAACGGCAAAUAUUUGUGUGAGACGUGUCGAAAGUUCUCCACCGAGGACCCCGGAGUAUUUAUUGAGCACAUGUCCUCAUGCCUCUCAGGCCUCGAAGGGUCGCUCUACCCAAACGACAGUGAUCUGUUGGGAUGUAAAACGAACACUAUGUUACGCUGUCAACACUGCAGCUACGAGACGUCUCGGAAAUGGAUGUUAACCAAUCAUAUUAAUACUAACCACGUGAGCCUGAACGGUAGCCAGAAGAGGGACAAGCUCGACCCCAGAGCUAAGAGCACGAUCCCCAAACGGAAUCACAGAUUAACAAGAAGUGCAGUUAAAGAAACCUGCUGGCUGACUCAAGACUGCCUUGAUAUUGACAAGUAUUGCCAUUUGCCAGACCCACAAAAAACACUAGAGCAGACGCAGCAGUUUUUGAUGAAAUCGGUGACGGAAGGAGCCGGCGGGCAGAAGCUAACCAAGGCGCUUCAAAGCGUCCUGUCCAGUGUUCCCCAAGACAUUAACCUCCAUGCCAUGACGGAGAACGGAAUUACACUCGACUCGGCCGAUCUCACUGUCCUCACCGUUAAGAACAAGAUAACUGUGGCUCCCAAUGGCGCCACCUACGCCAAGAGAAGGAAAAUGAUGGCAUCGGUGGAAAAGGAAAGCCCGCUCACAGAGAGUGCUAUUGAUCACCACUGUGUCCCUGCUCAGAAUGGAUGCCCGGAGAACAUUCCCGAUCAAACCCAUCGUCCUCCGGCGGAUGCCAGACUCGGUGACGCGUCGCAGUCCACUCAGGACGUCCUGCUUGAGUGCACUCGUUCUCGAGAAAACGGGGAAAACCAAAUAUUGAAAACCACUCCUCGUAAUCACCAGCGUGCGGCGCCGAAAGAUGAUGUCAUUCCCAGCGAGAUGAGUAAAACCCAAGAGCAGACUCCAACCUGUACAGCCUUAAUCAAAGCCAAGAGGAAAAAGGGCCGAAGGAAACGCAAGACCAGAUGCAAAAAACAAGACCUGUCAUCCGAUUUAAAGAUCGUGUUGAAGAAGAAUCCUGUGAAGGAGAAACAGUGGGUGUCGAAAAGCUCACUGUCUCCGCAAGGGGGGCUCUUGAACAGCCACCACGAGCCAGCGGGGGCUCGUGUAACAAAACCGGACUUGACCCCAGAUGAGCUGUCGUCGUCAGACCGCCAAAAGACCAAAGCGGAACACCUUGACCCUUCUAAAGCCAUAUUAGUUCCUCUACAGUCCACUACACAGAUUUGUCAGGAAGCUUCCAAGGAGUCACUGGUGACCAAGCGUGCACUCAGAAAUGGGCCCGUUGGUCUCAAAACGACAGAGAAGAAACCAGUGCAGGACCACACAGUGCAGCCUGUGGAUGCAGUCCAGAACGUCUCGUCUAAUCUAGUUCCUUUCCCUGAAUGCAGCGAGUCUUCCUACGGCCCGUCUGUUACCCAACCUGCCAUUACACCACAUGUGCCGAGCGACCAGAAGCAGGAAGACGUGCCUGAAGAUGGGGAAAUACGCAGUAGCUCUGAGGUACGGACCGACCAAGCUGUGGAGCAGCCACCUUUGCCAGGGUUUGAGCGCCGCUGGCAGCCGGCCCAGAAGGACCUGGUACGGACGCUGAGGAUAGUCGCCAUGAGCCCUUCGCAGCCGGUAAAGCGGCCGUACAGAGAUCAGCCCAUCGUGGUGCUCAACCAUCCUGACGCUGACAUCCCAGAGGUAGCAAAGAUCAUGGACAUCAUCAACAGAUACAGAGGAGAUGUGCAGAAGGUGGUCCUGUCACGGAGGACUCUGAGCGCCCUUUCGGCCUCCGGCGGCGACCUGCCCGAGACAGGCGAGGAGACUGACUCGGAUGCUCAGCCGACGGUGCAGGAGAGGUUCAUUUUGAAAAUGAAACUGCGCAGAGUGAACCGAAAAAAGUACGAGGUGGUGGAAGGCGCUUCCCCCGGCUGGAAAGUGGAAAGCAAAUUUUGCUGCUGGUUUUGCGGCAGGAGCUUCACAUGCCAGCAGACGCUGAUGGCUCAUCGGCGUCGGCAUCUGAUGGAGUGGCAAGGUUCUAACUGUGAGAACUUAGGAGCGUCGCUCACACUGGAUUAAAAACUGUCUGAAAAUGGAUACAUUUGCAAUAUGGAAAAUUUCUGUUGGAAAAAAAACAAGUCUUAAGAUGACUGAAGUUGUCACCAAUAUGGGGGGGUUCACUUUCUCAGGGUAACUUUUACCUACCGUCUCUCUCCCAGCCCGAGUAGCUUGAACUCUUUAGUUGAGAAGUGAUUUGUAAAGCCGCGAAAACGUGGCGCGGAUUUAGUUUAUUUGUCGUCGAUAGCUUUAUUUAAGGUGAUUUGAGUACACUGUCACACAGUCUUUACUGGAACACUGUAUAUUUGCCAUACCAUCAUCUAAUUGUACGGGUAGGCGUUACAGAGUAGUAGCUGUCAUAUUUAUGUUGGAAUGGGAUUCGCUCCCACAUGGGGCUCAGAGCAACCAAACUUUGCGUUGAAAAGAAAGACUAUAAGCUGUUUCAUUUUUUAUUUAUGACUUCAAGAACUUGCCUGCUUUCCUUCCAGCUUCUCUUUUGGCCAUUAGAAGUGUCGCUGUAUAUCUGUUUUGUAUCAUGUACAAAUUGUCUUGAGAUGCUAUUAUUUCCUGUGGGCGGAGUCUCUCAGACUCUAUCACCCCCCUCUGCCCCCUUAAACCUGUGUGUGGUCGAUGAAGCGAAAUCUAUUUAGAAAUCAGGCCUGGAUUGGAUGGUGGUGUUUCCUCGCUAUAGACUUGAAUUGAUGAUUUUUGUGUCGAAUUAAAUUGCACUAUUAGAGGAGUUUCUAUUUCCCGUUACCUCACUGCAGCAGGUCCAAGCCGACGACAAUCUCAGUCUCCUCGUGCAGCCAUGGUUACUCAGUAUUCAGCAAGGGAACUGUGGCUCUGGCUGUGUGCGUGCGUGCGCGCGUCUGUGUGAGUUUGUAUGUGUGUGUCUGUCAAGGACCAUUGAAGUGCUGACAAAAGUGCUCAUCUCUGUGGCUCGCACAAAAAUGGAGUGUUUUGUAGAUAUGCUUUUUUUCAGAAGAUUUCUAAGUGUAUAAAGUCCUGUUAGAGGUACUGUAGGAUGUUUUUCACCAAGUGCCUAUUGUGUCCAACUUAUGCAACAACACAAGUGGAAGCGUGGCUGAACGAAGAAAUGAGGCGACUGAACACGUGAGCAGAUUUCAAAAGUUUGUUAUAACAAAACGGCGUCGACGGCGAGAUGCUUCUUUUUUUUUCCGCUUCAUUCCUCGCGUUCAUUUCAAUCCACUGUUUACUGACUGAACCUGCAGAAGCAUUUUAAUAAAACAGGAAUUCCAAUGAGUGGGUGGUCUUGCGU